AUGUAUGGAUAUAUAAGCCAUUUCAGCAAAGCUUCUGAUGCAGAUUGUAUCUUAGCCAUGAAACUUCUCAAAGGGAGUGGGAAUUAUGCAGCAGCAAACAUUCUCAAGAGUCUUGUUAUUCUUCUUCCAUUCACCGUGCUCAUGUUCAUGUUACCAUUUUCUCUUACUAGAAACUCUAGCUUCUUUUCUCCUAGUAAGAUAUAUGCUAGCAGAAGCAGUUAUGAUCUCAACGUCACAGAGAUGAAACGAUGCAACGUGUUCUCUGGGGAGUGGGUUCCGUACAGUAAAGGACCUUAUUAUGAUAAUGAGACUUGCAAUUUGAUAAUGGACCAGCAAAACUGCAUGAAGUUUGGGAGAACUGAUAGGGAGUUCCUCAAAUGGAGGUGGCAACCAGAAGAAUGCGAGCUUCCACUCUUUGAUGCAACCCUUUUCUUAGAGAUUGUCAGAGGAAAGUCCAUGGCCUUUGUUGGAGACUCCGUAGGAAGAAAUCAAAUGAAUUCUUUGUUGUGUCUUCUAAAUCGUGUAAGUAAUAAGCACUGA